CUCCUCUUCCUCCCCCCUCCCUGUUCGAGGAGUGGGCGGGGCCUCUCAGCUGCAUCAUCAUGCCUUCAACACUGCAGCUUCACAAAGGGAAGAAAACCCAUCCGGUUGCUGCUCCUUCAUGUGUGAACUUCGAUCCAGUUUCCACCAAUCAUAAAGCAGCACAGUUAACCGGACGGGGGGGGAAACAGAUUCAGGCUUCAUGGACAAAGCGCUGAGAGGAGACAUGACAGAACAGAAGAAAACGUCCAGGAGAUGACACCGUCCAAAGAUGCUAACAUAGCAGGCCUAGCGGUUUGAUUGACAGCUCACAUCCACGCAUCCCUCCUCCUGACUCCGCCCACUCAUCCAUCCAUCCAUCCAUCCACCAUGUUGUUAAAGAGGAAGCUGUGUGUUGCUGUGGUGAUCGCUGCCAUUGUCUUCCUUAUGCUCGCCAGUCAGGGCAUCCAGAAGAAACACUUCCUGCCGCUGUCGUUGGCGCUGCUCAGCAGUCGGGCCACACCCACCAACGAGGAGACAGUUAUUCAACAAACAGAAGCUCCUUCUGAUGUGACUCCUGACCCCCCCAAGACACCGCCACCUCCACCUCCCAACACCCCCAAACUUAAGGCAGAGGAGGAGUCUCUGAAUAACUCCAAGAAUGACCAGAGCAGGUCAUGUGGUUGUAACUCCUGUAUCGCAGACCUGGAGGGGUCCGACUGGUUCCAGCAACGCUACGACCCCAAACAGCACCCUGUCCUCCGAGAUAAAAACAACGACUUUGAUCCCGACGCACUCAAGUGGUGGCUGGGUCUCCAGAGGUCAGGAAACGACCAGACUAUGGACAGUGUGAUGUCAAAGAUGUUCCAGGUCAUCACCCCGCCCGCCGCCGACUUCUUGCCCCUCCCCACUCGCUGUCGUAAAUGUGCCGUGGUUGGCAACUCCGGCAACCUGCGGCAGUCAGGACACGGCAACCUGAUCAACUCCCAUGACUUCAUAUUCAGAAUGAACAAAGCAGUGACACGGGGAUUUGAGAAAGACGUUGGGAAUCAAACCACUUAUCACAUACUGUACCCGGAGAGUGCAGUGGAUGUUGCCCGCGGCGUUGGCCUCGUCCUGCUCCCGUUCAAACUUAGAGACCUGGAGUGGCUGACCAGCGCGCUGUCUACCGGAGAAGUUAAGACGACCUACAUGAGGGUGAAAGAGAGAGUGGAGGCUGAUAAAGAUAAGGUUCUUGUGGUCAACCCGGUUUUCUUUAAGUACGUAAACGAUCGUUGGACCGAGCGCCACGGUCGCUAUCCAUCCACCGGCAUGCUGGCUAUCGUCUUCGCUCUUCACCUCUGUGACCAGGUCUCUGUUUUCGGUUACGGCGCCGACCAGCAGGGCAACUGGCACCACUACUGGGAGGAGAACCGCUACGCCGGAGCCUUCAGGAAGACGGGCGUCCACAGCGCUGACUUCGAAACGCAGGUCAUCCACCAGCUCGCCAAGGAGGGAAAGAUCAGCCUGCACCUGGCACAGAACCACUGACCCCCACACACCUGCUGAUCUACGGACUGAUGGACAGAUCGUCUGACCAGCAGAUCAUUCACCACUUAAUUCUUGAGACCAAUAACAGGGGCACACCUGGCUGUCCUCUGGAUCACGUUGGAGCUGACUCUUUGUCAAGAUGGCCGCCAGAUUUUGCUCAGAACUUCAGUCAGGAGUCAAACCUGUGUACUUCUUGCACAACAAUCAAACCCUGAAAGACCGGACAACUUUAGGGAAGAGUUAUUUUAUAUUGUUGAACACCUGUGGACAGCCCUUUGGAGUGGGAGGAUCCAAACAUGUCCCUCCUCUUUUGGGGGCAGGGCUUAAUGAUCUCCUUAUUUUUGGGAGAGCUCUGACUCUGAAAACAGAUGGACUUUCCUGCCAUGCGCGACUGCAAGGAUCGACCACACACGUUUUGCUCUGAGCGGGAAACAACCACAGACGUUUUUUAAGCGUUUUGUAUUUUUUUAGACAUGUACAGGGCUAACCUCUUAUUUUCUAAUCAAAGCACUUUUGCCCUGAAUAAGCGUCACAAGAAGGCGAUGUUGCUUGUUUGUCCAUUUUAUUAUUUUAUAUCAUUUUAUAAUCCAUCCAUUUGUAUUGUUGAAAUGUAGUCCGUCCUGAUAUGUAGAGUUUUGUUGUCCUCACAGAUAUGAACGUUCAGCAGGACUAUUGUGACUUCCUGUUUCAACCAUAUUUGGAGUUGGAGGCAGAAAGUGGGAGGAGCUUGUGUGUGGUUGAGCUGCAGUUUGCAGGUUUUCAGUUGAUUUUACUGGCUGUCCAAAAUAGAAGCCUUUUAUUGGUGUUUGGUAUUUAAAGUGCAAUUUUUUAAAGUUAAUUCAGCAAAAGAAAGAAGGUUAAACUCUCCGGCUUUAAGAUGUGACGCUGUAAAGCUGCAGACUCUUCAACCUGAAGGACAGAUGUGAUGCGAAUGGAAGGGACGAAGACGAGGAGACCAUGCACAACCUUUAAGUAAAGAUUUAUUGAACUUAAUUUCACAGGGACAGAGUCAAACAAUCAGUAACGUGGACAUGGAUGAGUGGAAUAUUGGAGUGCAAUGUACUCAAAAAAGAAGAAUCUUCAGUGCAACCAAAAACCAAACAACCUUAUGAAGGAAGAGAGACCAACCAGUCCAGCCGCUGUCUGCUGGACGUCCUGUUAAAGGGAGACGACGGUGUGCAAAAAUCGGUCUCACCUGUGCUGUGAAUGUACAAAAUCUGUUGCUGAUUGUCGAUCACAGUCGUGGCCUUUCCAGACUUUCUCACAUGGGGCUAGUUUGAGUCUGAAUAUGAGUUUGUCCCCCCUUCUCAUAGUGAUUUAAAAGCUGCUUCAGUUAGAAGUGGCUCCAUUGCAGAUCCUGUGGUCUGCUUAAUGUUUGUUUGCACCAUUUGUAACCGCGAGAAAUCAGAGAUGCCAGAUUUGCAAACCAAAGGCUGUCAUGUGACAACGAUGAUGUCUCUGGAAGUUAUUGCAAAAAUUUUAGGGGCUCCAGUUUGUUUACAGUCAAACUUGAAGCUUCCAAAACAAGAAAAUAUAUAAGAGCCUAUACUUUGUCACAACUUUUAUGCACAUAUCUUUAUUUAUAGGCGUUAAUUAACGCUCAAUCAUUGGCUGAUGGGUUCUGAUUUUGCUCUCCACACAACUGUUCCCCUUCACUUCUGAUACCAAAAUCUGUUUGUGCCUGAGUUUUGCGUUUUUGUGCAGAAUUUGUAAAAAGAGAUUUAAAGAUGCAGUGUUUUUUUGAAGAAGGUAAUCAUUGACAUGUUGCAUCAUCAUUCAGCCAAUCAGAGGAAAGCUCUCUUCUUAAAGGGGCGUUUGUUACAGUCGCCUCUCGUGCCUUAUUUCCUCUGAACAGGCCAACAGAGUGAAAUCAAUGUUUGUAUCACUUUUCUUGUUUUCUUCCUGAAGACUCAAGUUUCCAGUCAGUUGAAGAAUUAUUCAGAUUCAGACUGACCUGCAAGUGUGAAAUAACUUAGUCUGUUUCAAACUAAUAUCUUGCAAAACACCUGCGGGUUGGGAUUAAAUCUGCUGUGAAAUUAGCGCCUUAAUGUAGACUCUGUGGGGAUAAACCAUAGACUGUAUAUAAAAUGGACGUCAUCUCGGGGUGCUGCUGGCCUAGCUGUCUAAGCGCCCCAUGUACAGAGGUUACAGUCCUUGUCGCAGGGGUCCCCUGUUCGAUUCCUGGCCGGUCGACCAUUUCCUGCAUGUCUUCCCCCGCUCUCUAUUCCCCACAUUUCCUGUCUCUCUUCAGCUGUCCUAUCAAUAAAGGCAAAAAGGCUAAAAAAUAUAAUUUAAAAAUUAAAUACACGUCGUACAAAUGUUUCUCACAUUCAUAUGCUGUGGUGAUAUGUAGUUAUUAUUUGACUGUUUUGUGUUCAAGGCCUCUUUUUCUGAAAAGUUUCUUUUUUGUUUGUUAUUAGAUGUUAAAAAACUGGGUUUUACAUCGGGGUUUGCUUUAAAUGACAGCUGCCGUAGAGAGAAACUCUGUAGGACCUCGGGACGGUACGCUGUAGGGCGGAGCUUGUUACCGUGGAAACACACAAAUUGCCUACUGCGCAGACUCUGGGUGCAUGUCAAAGCUCUAAACGUCCAUCCUCGCGUCGUUUCCUUGCGUCGUUUCCUUGCGUCGUUUCCUCGCGUCAUUUCCUCACGUCGUUUCCUCGCGUCUCUUCCUCGCGUCUCUUCCUCGCGUCUUAGUCCCGCCCACCAGAGAUGCAAGGAAAUGAAAAGAAAGGAGAGAGGAAAGAGGAGAUUUGUAUUCAGAGAAAUGAGACGUCCUCUCCGGAGCGUCACGUGAAGCGACGUCGGUUUGUGAUGACGGCGGUAACAGCUGUUUGUGUCUGCAGACAGGUUCACUGUAAUAACUCUGAUAAAUAUAAACAGUAACAGAGCUCUCUGUGCUUUACCUGUUUAACACAAACCUGCACAUGAAGAGAAUCUGCUCUGUUUAUUCUGUCCUGAAGCAUCACAGAUUGAUUCACCAGUAAAAUGCCUCAUUAUUAAAUUAUUUAUUACUUCAAGGGAAAAUAGAAACCAUGCAACUCUUUUCAAACCCUGUGCUCAUUAAUGAUAAGCCUCAUAUGAAACUUUAUUAACCUGACAGGAAAUAUAACAAGUGUUUUUACUAACAGACAAACUUUACCGUCAGACUUCUCUUAAAGCUGCUGUGAGGAACUUUUGUUUUAUAUCGAUUCUGGCGCCCCUUGUGGACAAAGCGAUACCUCUUAUCUCUUGUCCUAUACAUGCAAAAGUAGUGUUUUCAACAAAAACCUUGUCCUUUUGUCUUUAACAGUCAACUUUAUCAGGCAAUGUGAUUAUUUGCCAUGAAAAACAGUCAAAUAAAGGCUGUUUCUGAAGCGAGAUGUCCAUCAUCUGGUCUGACACCUCCCCCCCCAGCGUGGUUUCAGGCAUUAAAAAUUACAACAGAGAAGGUGUCAGUGUUGCUGCUUGUUUGCUAUUGAAGGUCAUAAAGAGGCAUCAGUAUCAUUUUCAGUCUGUUUCUCAGCCAGUUCAAAACUCCUCACAGGGCCUUUAAUGAAGAAAACUAGAACAAACGGGGAAACUAACAGGAGGAAUAACUGAUCAUGAAUAUAUAUUCUAUCUGAUAUUAGACUAUAUUACUCUAUUUCAUUAGUCAGUGAAUCUGACAAAAACAAUCAGAUAUAACAUAACCAUCCUCUGUUAUAUUGAAUUUAUGAUUUUGCAUUCAGUAUUUUGUGUUUAAAACUCACAUCAAACACUUUUUAAUCUCAGCUCAUCACAUACAGACUGUUUAGAAACCGACGUGUGUUUAUGAUCUGUUUCAGGGCACCCUUGGUAACUGUUUUAAGGUCCGUCUUUUCUCUGUUAUGAAACUCAGCUGAUGUUAAGUUUCGGUUAAGUCCGAGCCGCUGCAGCGUCCAAUCAGUGAGAGGUAUUCGAUAAGGGGGUGUGUCUGUCAGAGAAAAGACUUCCGCGAAGUCUGCUCUCGUGUUUCCUCGAUUAUCCCUCCUCUGAUCAGUCUCCUCGCUCCUCUCUCCUCCAGCAGUGUUUAGAGCUUUGUGAAGCAAUUUAAAAUGGCGCGUCAGUAACUACUUCCGGUUCGGCCGAGGAGCAAGGAGACUGCAGUUUAGAGCUUUGAGAUGCACCCUCUGGUUGCAGAAAAUUUACAAGAUGGCAGCGUUCUGGAAUGGGAUAUUUUGGCUUCAAGAUCGUAGAGUGGGAAAAGGCGAAGCGACGCUGUCCAUUAUAUAUACAGUCUAUGGGAUUAACUCGCUGUUGGAGUCUGCCUCAAGUGGACACUCAAGGAACUGCAGCCUUCAGAGUUUUGCUCUGGCUAUACUUUUCAGGAUUUUUCCACUUGAGGAGUUCUUUUAAAAUCUGCUUAAAAUCAUAUUUCAAAAUAUAUCUGUCUAAAUUUGUGGAUGAGCUCUGUGUCCAACAAGUGCUCAUCUUUUUAGUCCUGAACGAUGACAAACUGAGCCCCCUCUCAGACGCCGUUUCCUCAAAGAGAUUAAAAAGGUCAGCUGUCUUAAAGAGAGCUUUCAGCAGUGUUAGAUGAUCCCCCAGCGCUCUGUUUGAAGCAGACUGAGGCCUCUAUAAAUAAUCAGAAUUGCUGAAUCAUCAUGUGGAGGCUGUUGCUCUGCCUGUAGUUUAGAGUUUUUAGAGUCUAACCCUGUUCAAGUCCUGCAGUCUCUUUAAAACCAGACACCAUAAACUGAGGUUUAAUCUGAAACAUCUGCUGCUUGUUUUUGUAGUUUUGCGUCCACUGCUGAGGUUUUAACUCUUUGUUGGCUCUUUCGGGGAAAACUUCCUGCUGGUAAAUUGGGAAAUGAUCCGCUUUAUGGGGAACGCGGAGCCGCGUAAUGACAGAGCAGCAGCCUUCCUGAGCUGGACACAACAUCUGGAUGCAACAUUUUGGAAUUUACAGACCAAGUUACAGAUCCCUCGCUCUGAGAAGUUUGUUGUGAGUUUAAACCCAAAGUUGUGCUUUGUAGGCAUCCUGCACUAUGAGUAUUUAGACAUUUCAAUCAAGAAUGCAGACAGUGGCAGAUUAAAUCAACCAAUCAGCUGCCGGGUGUUACAUAAAGAGAGGUGAGGGGUGUAUUGUAGAUUUAGAGCAGACCAAACAAGCUGUAAGUUUGAUAUACGUUCAGUUAUCAUAGCUUUAAUUCAACUCAUCAUGUUUAAGCUGUGAUCGAAAUGCCACUUUCAUUUAACUCAAUCCUGCUGAUCAUCAUUCAUUCAUUCAUGGUUACAAACAGUGAUAUUCACUGUGAUACUUUAAAACAACAUGAACCUACCGCUGUCACUUGGAAUGAAAUAAAGAAACAUGACAUGAAAUCA